CGGAUAUGAAUCCUAAUCCGUCCAACCAAACAGUACAAAACCAAACCCUAACGCUCAUGUUUCUCUCUCUCUCUCUCUCUCUCUCUCUCUCUUCAUCUCCGACGACGACACCACGACGACGCCGCCGUUGCCCGACACAGAUCUGAGAUUCCGGCAACAAUCCUCUAUACGAUCUGGAGUUCUGAUCGACAGCGGACGACGCUUUGUACAGCGUUCGAGUCGUACUAGCUGUCGACGAGACAGAGACUGAGAAGUGUUCUCUACGGCCUCCAUCACUCCAGUGUGGCUUUUUCUUUCGGCCGCAUUUUGUAGCUCCACGGCACUCCACAGUCCAGCUCCAGGUACCGACUCUCCUAACGAAAUUCAUAAACUACAAGAUUGAAAUCUGUCAAACGAAGAAUAAGUUUCUUGCAUGGCUGAAGAAGAUCUUUUGCAAGAUAACCGAAUUGAAGAUGUUUGUUGGCUCUGUUCCCUAUCUGAGUCAGAGCUUGACAUGCUGAGUAGCUUAAAAAUGCUAGUUCUCCGACGGGCAAAAGUAAUUGGGCAUGAGGCUCUGGCAAAGAAAUUUGAUUUGAAGAUGCUUCGAGUGCUUAGUUUCAUUUUGAUGGAGCAUCUUAAAGGAGAACUAAAGGAUUCAUCAGUCAUUCCAAGCUUGGUUGAAUCUUCCACUUUUCUAGAUAGGUGCAAUUUACUGAAUUGUAAUCCCAAUGGCAGUUUUGGCAAUAUGAGUAUUGAAGAGCUAAGGGCAUAUGUUGGUUCUGAUAAAAGAAAGAGAAUGGCAGAAUUAUUUUCUGAGGACGGGGCUCCCAAUCAAAAGAUGAAACCUAAUGCUAAAAGUAAGUUGGUGAAGUGAUGUUACAGUGUACUUGCAUUCUCAUCUCUAGCUUGUCCGUGUCUUGUUGGCUCUCUAUUUGCAGGAUUGUAGCUGUCAUGUGCUUUGUGGGGUUUUUACAAGAGGAAGAAAUGCUUUUUUUGAGGUAUCCUAGUUUUCAAAUAUUCAGAUCUUGCCUGGACUCUGAUUUGUGUUCUGUGUCACAACUGUGAACUGUAAUUUCAGUUGAAACUGUGGUGGUUGUGUAAUUUCAGUCUAUGGUUAUAUAUAUGCACAUAUGGGUUUGACCUUGCUAUUGUCUUUCAUUGCAAA